UCCUUCUGAUUGGCGUUACCAUGGAGAGCGUUGCCAUGUGACGCUUCUUUGUAAACAGGAAGACGCUGGCUGCCCCGGUGGUAACAAGCAAGUGAGGAGGAGAGAAAUGGAUGACAACUUUCAGCUCGGAAAUGUUGGAUCUGUAAAAAAUGUUGCAAAGUCUGGACGAAGAGCUCGACUUGCAGCAGACCAAUCGACGUCGGAAGAUUCCCGUUACGUUAGGAAGUCCUCGACAUCUGCAUCUAUGGGAGAAGGUCCUCCUCCCAAACCGGCCCGGCGGCAGGGUGGCUGGGCAGAAGAAAGCUCCGGUUCUGCCUCUGCCAGAUCUUCAAGAAGACCUGCAGCUGAAGACCUGGAAGACCGCCGCCUGCGACCACAAACUCCCCAGGGAUCAGAUGAUGAAGGAGAUAUUCCAGUGAUUCCAGACCUCGACGAAGUACAGGAGGAUGAUCUAACAAUGCAGGUUGCAGCCCCACCGAGCAUCCAGGUGAACCGGGUAAUGACCUACAGAGAUCUGGACAACGACCUGAAGUCCUAUUCCGCGUUCCAGACCCUAGACGGAGAGAUUGACUUGAAGCUACUCACCAAGGUUUUAGCACCAGAACAGGAAGUGAAGGAGGAGGAUGUGAGCUGGGACUGGGAUCAUCUGUUUACAGAGGUGUCCUCAGAGCUGCUGAUGGAAUGGGAUCAAGGAGAGAGUGAGGAGCAGGCCGCGCUGCCUGUAACGUGAGGAGGAGCUACGCACUGUGCCUUUAAAUUAGUGAGCCAGUGACUUUGGUCAUAGUUACUUUAUUUGUUAUCUGUUUUCCAGAAUGUAUAUUUUUUUUAAAUUGUAUAUACAGUGUUUUUUUUUGUAUUUUUCGGAAUAAAGUUCACUUGGCGGUGAAUAGUGCUGGAAAUGUACCCUUGUUCGUUUAGUGAGUUUUUAACUUUAACUUUAAACCGCCACAAGGCGAACGGAUUUUGUGUGAAAAGCUGCUGUGAAGAAAAGCCAUCACAGAUACAAAUGCCCUUCCUGUACGGCCGGCAUUAUCAACCCCCUCGUACAAGUCCAAGGUUGAUAAUGAGCUAAGCUGAAAUCCACUUGAUUGUGUUCAAAUUAACAUUCCUCAUUAAAGCCUACAACCUUA